UCCGGCCCGGCCCAGGUCGGAACAAAGCGGCGGCGGCGCGGAAGGCCCGGCAUGGCGGUGGGGCUGGCCCGGCUCCGCCUCUGGCUGCUCCUGCAUCUGCUGCCGCAGGUAUACUGUGAGUAUGGGAUGGUACAUGUCCUUUCAGAGAAGGGGAGCAGCAAAGGAAAAGACUACUGUAUUCUCUUCAACUCUCAGUGGGCCCAUUUGCCACAUGAUCUGGGUAAAGCUUCACUCUUGCAACUGCAGGAUCAGACAGCAUCUGUUUUGUGUUCUCCUUCUGAUGUACCUGAUGGGGGAUUUAAUAAUCAAAUACCUAUGGUGAUGAGAGGAAAUUGCACCUUCUAUGAGAAAGUGAGGCUUGCUCAGAUAAAUGGGGCUCGUGGGCUGCUGAUUGUUAGUAGAGAGAGACUGGUUCCUCCUGGAGGUAAUAGGAGUCAGUAUGAAGAGAUUGAUAUUCCUGUGGCUCUGCUUAGCUAUACUGAUAUGUUAGAUAUUGGCAAGAGUUUUGGGAGCUCAGUGAAAGGAGCAAUGUAUGCACCAAAUGAGCCUGUGCUGGACUACAACAUGGUGAUUAUCUUUGUCAUGGCUGUGGGGACUGUUGCAAUUGGAGGCUACUGGGCAGGAAGCAGAGAUGUGAAAAAGAGGUACAUGAAGCACAAGCGUGAUGAUGGGGCAGAGAAACAUGAUGAUGAAACAGUGGAUGUGACUCCUAUAAUGAUCUGUGUGUUUGUAGUGAUGUGCUGCUCAAUGCUCGUUCUCCUGUAUUUCUUCUAUGACCACUUAGUCUAUGUUAUAAUAGGAAUAUUCUGCCUGGCUGCCUCGAUUGGUCUUUACAGUUGUCUGUCUCCCUUUGUAAGAAGAUUCCCCUUGGGGAAGUGUAGAAUCCCAGACAACAACUUGCCUUAUUUUCACAAGCGUCCCCAGGUCCGGAUGUUGCUCUUGGCAGUAUUUUGUAUCUCAGUCAGCAUAGUCUGGGGAAUCUUCAGAAAUGAAGAUCAGUGGGCCUGGGUUCUGCAAGAUGCUUUAGGAAUUGCUUUCUGUCUCUACAUGUUGAAAACAAUUCGCCUGCCUACAUUUAAGGGUUGUACCUUACUCCUCCUGGUUCUUUUUGUGUAUGAUGUAUUCUUUGUAUUUAUCACACCCUUUCUAACAAAGACUGGGGAGAGUAUAAUGGUAGAGGUGGCUGCAGGUCCAUCUGAUUCUGCCACUCAUGAAAAGCUCCCAAUGGUCCUGAAGGUUCCACGACUGAAUUCCUCACCAUUGGCUCUGUGUGACAGGCCUUUUUCUCUCCUAGGAUUUGGAGACAUUUUAGUUCCAGGCUUACUGGUAGCCUAUUGCCACAGAUUUGAUAUUCAGGUGCAGUCAUCCAGAGUCUAUUUUGUAGCCUGCACAAUAGCAUAUGGCAUAGGCCUUCUUGUGACCUUUGUUGCCUUGGCACUGAUGCAGAUGGGCCAGCCUGCUCUCCUCUACCUGGUGCCCUGUACUCUGCUCACCAGCUUCGUGGUGGCCCUUUGGAGAAGGGAGCUUGCCAUGUUCUGGACGGGCAGCGGCUUUGCGAAAGACCUACCUCAGCCUCCUGUGGUGAUAGCUCCUGUCAACUGCCCUCAGCUUCCCAAAGACAGCAGUGUACCAGUCUCUCAACAAGACACAGAACAAAUGACCAAUCCCACCCUCCAUGUGAAGGAGCUGCACGGCUCUGCCUCGGCUGAAGAGGAGUUAGCUGAUACCAGCACAAAGACAGACCAGUCAGAAAUGUCUGUUGCCCACAGUGAGGAACCAACUGCUCAGAAUAAAGAUGACCUUGAAAGCAAAUGCCUAAAUGCAGAGCAAAACCAGUUGGAAUAAGUGGUGUGAUAGGAACUCCUUCUUUUCCCUCACGAACGUAUCUGUAUUAAACCAGUAUGUAUUUAGGACUGGUUUGGUAGGGUUUGCUUUCAUUGAGGAACCUCACUAGGAGUCUGAUCAUCAAAUCCAACAAGGAAUGUUCUGUUUCCAGCUUUGGUACAGCUAUAUACUUAAAACAUCUUUCUGAAAUAUGGUGCUCUCCAGGAGUUCUGAUGUGUGGGUUUCAAUGAUCACUUGUUAGUGAAUGCCUUUGACCAUUUGUCCCAUUUGCAUUAUAGCAGGGUAGCAUCAAGAGUCUUUAUUUACUCAGUACUCUGUGCUUGUCUGGCUGUUACGCUGCUUGACCAUGGUGUAGGUUAACAUGGAGGAAAAGCAUUGAAUGAGUCUCCUACAAUGCUUACUUGAGAGAAAUACAGUCUCUUCUUUUUUUUGGCACUUUCCCUAUUGCCACCAUUUACUUUACUUCUCCUGACUUGUCAAAACCAUUGAUAUAAGGGAAUGCAUUAUUAUAAACUGACAUUCAGGAAAUGCAGAGAAUGGUUAAAUUACCAUUACUCAAAAAGGCUUUAUGCUACCAUGGUGCAUUAAAUGCAUCUCUUUUUUAUCUUUGUUUUUACUUCUAGGUACCUGCACUACUAGUUUAGUUUAAAAGGCAGGGUGAGUAGAGCUCCAGGAAGCUUUCUAGGCAUUCAUGUGAACUCUAAGGGCUCUGACAAUAAACAGGGUGGUCAUAAAAUGCUGCCUGGAAGCAAAUGCAUAUUAGGAAUGUUUAGAAAUAUAAGUCAAAUAGAUUUUUUUAAAAAAUAGGUUGUAGCACUAUACUAAGCUUAACAGGCAGUAUUUUCAUUGGGAAAAUGUUAAAGCAUAAAUGUUCUUAUGUUGGGGGCUUUGAGCUUCUUUUGUUGUUCAUUCAAGGAAUAUAAUUGUGAUUUCUAAUUCUGAAGAAAAUAGUCUGUUUUUUCAUUCCCCAUGGAGCACAUGUGGUGCUAAAGACAGUUGUAACUUACAAGCUGCUUGCUGCUCAGUAACUUACCAACUGCCUAAUUCAUGUUUUGUCUUUGUCCCAAGAGUGGCCAAAGGACAAAGAGUCUGUCAGGCUCUGUAAUGAGCCUGUGAGCUCACCUAUUAUUUUGUGUCUCUUGGUACAUUGUGAAGGAAUUUGUGAAUUUAAAAAUUUUAGGGUGCAGCUGGUCUUACUUCAUAUUUCUGAAGUUGUGCAUUUUCCUGUAUAACAUGAUUGAGUCUUUUAUGCAUCAAUUUUUGUACAUAGAAAGAUGAUGAGAUUUGUGUAUUACUUGUUCCAUCUAAGUAUAUUUGGCUUUAUCAGAGGAGUCUGUUCUGCACUUAAGUUACAAUUCCAGAAAGCCUCAAACACUUCACAUGAAAACUGAAAUAGAAAAUUGAAGUAUUAUAGGAUCCUCGGAUAUGAGUACAGACUCCAUAGAAGAAAUAUUCUUGAGUAUUUGAGAGCCCAGAAUGUCAUUUCCAGAAGUAUUGUCACAGUGAUGCAAUCAGAGGCAUUACUGUUAAAUUGAGAGUCUCCUGUUGACAUGUUGGAGUUGAAGGACUCUUUUCAAGUCAGUGUGUUAAAUAUCAACCCUUGUCUUUUUGGUUAGGUCUUCCACAAGUUUGCCCUGUGCUUGUUGGAUGAAGGCUUCUGUAGGUAGUGGUAGCAUUCUUUCUCUAGAAUGUGAUCAACUUAGCAACUUUCUCUAAAACCACACUUUAACUUCAGAGUUUUACCAGCUCCUGCUUAAAGCUUUGAACCUUAUCUGGUAGGAUGAUUUAUUAAGAAGUUUUUUUUGAAAGCCCCCUGAGUCCAUUGACCAGCACUACAUUUAAUUUACAAAUUGCCCUAGUGGAAGGUAGCAUUGAAGUGAUCUGGUUUUCAGUCUCUUUAAUGGACUGUUACUUUGGCCAGCAGUAACCUGAACCAGUUGUUAUUAAUAAUGAAGCAACAAAAACAUUUUACUGAAAACUUCAGUCAGAUAGAUAAUGCCGUAAUUUAAGUCACUGUGUAAGUAUGGUUAUUAAGAAAACAAUCUUGUGUUUAAAUAAUGAACUUGACAAAUAGCAAGUUGGAGACUGACUCAAAGUUCUGUUGGUUUUGCCUUGCCUUGAUCAUCUCUUAGUUAGAAUGUUAUUUGGAGUAGCUUCCCACAUAUUUAAAAGCCAGUAGCUUUCUGAUGACAAACCAUUAGGUAUUAUAAUCUACUUGAAAGUGUACUUUCACAUUUGUUCUCCUAUGUGGUUAGAAAAGAGUUUAUUUCUCUGAUUGUUCAUAGCUGAAUUAAAACAGAGCUGAUCACACUGAACUAGGCAUUUCACAGUUGGAUUCUGAACAGGUCUGCUUCACCUCAGGUUUUGGGGAAUUUCCAUUUAUUUUUAAGUGUAACUUCUUUUCUCCCCCAAACAACAAAGAUUACAGGGAAGAAAAAAAACCAACAGCUUCUCAAUGCAGUACCUCCAGUUAAAGCAUGUGAAGUGGCAACAAUUUACAGAUCUUUACUAUCUCAGUACUGUACAAAUCAGGUGACCCUGGUGCUCCAGUUUGGCUGUGACUGUUUGGACUGAUCAGUUCAAUUUCUUCCAUCAAAAACAAGGCUGUAUUUUUUUUUAAUCUUUCAAAAACCUCUCUUAUCAGCUUAAUUUAAAACUUAAUGUUGUAUAGGAAAAUAUGCAUAUCAGUUCAAUGUGACUGACUCUGAUUUUGCUUGAAGAUUUCAGAUAGACAUUCCACACCAAAUUUGAGUUUUAAUAUUUAAAGUAAUGAAAAUAAUAUUAAUAUUAAAAAUAAUGCUGAUCAGCUUAAUGUUUAUGUCUUUCACAUACUAUGCCGUAUCUAUCUAAAAAUUCAGUCAGGGUUCUGUUCCUGAGAACUUGUAUAUGUUCAGGGGAAGCAUUUAUUUUAGUCAAAAAGCCCCAAACAAAUACAACAACCCCGACAGCAACCAACACCACUAAAACGAAAAUCUGCUUGGGAAAUCCUGAUGCUGGGUCACAAUAAUGAGGAUCAGAUUCCUUCCUUGUUUUGGCCUGUUCCCUCCUGAAGAAUUGCCCAAAUUCAGCUAAAGGUAGAAUGGAAUAUGAAAGACUUUACUGAGGGUGACAAGAGAAGGGUAUCUGCAAUCCUCUUCAAAUUUUGUGGAUUUUAUUCUUCUUGUUACAAAUGAGGAGCAUUUUAAAUUAAAUAUGUAAAAAAGAAACACAUAGAUUUGAAAAUAUAUUCUGUUUCUACUAGUGACACUAAUAAAAGCACAUCCACAUAUAUAAGAAUUACACUUGUGAAAAUGUUUUCUCUAAACUUGGACAGAUGCCAGACCACAGAAAAUCUGCAGCACAGCCUAUUUUUCAAAAGGUUUAUUAACAUGUUUAAUAGAAAGCUUAAUUUAGAAAACUUUGUUUCCAAAUUUCUUGAACAUUUUCUAUGGUCUUGGAUAAUUGGUCAAGCUUUUCCUUCAGACAGUGCUCUUUUCUUACAGUACUCCUCAGUAUGGCUGUUAAGAAUGUCCUGCAGCAUUUUUCAGCCAUGCACAUUCUGUGUUUCAGCUUUGGUUUUUGCAUUCCCAAUGCAUUGUUCCAAUUGGGAACAGAACAUGACUACCAUGGUAGUGCCUGUUGACUUCUGAGCAUGCUAGAAACUGGUGCUGACUGUGGAGCCAGACAAAACCCAUCCAGUAGCCUGUGCUGAAGUAGCAGCAUUGUGAGCUUGCAGACUGUGGCUGCAGUCAUUAAUGAAUUAAUCUGCCUUGCGUAG